AAUAUUCCAAAAUUAUCGAGGUACUAGUUUUAUUCAAGAGUAUUUUUGAGGAACUGGGAAAAAAAAAAAAGUCAGUGGAGAAGAGAAAAAGUGAAAAUCCCCCGGUGUAUGUAUGUGGCUUGUUCCUUCCAUGAUUCCAGCCAUAUUUUGUACUACUAGUUACAAUAAUAAUGCUGAAAGCAACGUGUUCUUUGACUUGUCUCUGUGAGAACAGAAUAAUUAAUUAAUUAAUUAAUUAAUGAUAAAAAGAAACAUUGAAAUAUAGUAUAUUUCAAGGUCAAUAACUCCCUCCCUCCCCCCCAAACAAGAAUUGGUUUGGUGGUAGGUAGUAGUAGUAGUAUAAGACCAUAAAUUCCACUUCGAUCCAAUUCUCAAUCCUCUCUUCCAUGGCUCCUCACAAGCUCAAUUCCAAUCCCUCGGGAAAUUCGAGUGUGUCAUCGUGUUCGCAGUCUGAAAAUGGUUUUAUAAGUUCAUUUUCUCUAUUUCCUGAGAAAGCAGUGCAAGAGCUUCUUCAAUCGCCGAUCCAGGGGUCUGAUGAUCAUCUUAUAGAGUUCUCUGAAGCUUUAAGAACCGUCGCGAAGGCCCUCAGGAAAGUUGCUGAAGGAAAAGCUUCUGCUCAAGCUGAGGCUGCUGAAUGGAAACGUAAAUUUGAGUUGGAGAGGACAAGGAAUCUACAGUUGGAAGACAAAGGGAAAUCAUGCCUUGAGCAUCAGGCCGAUCUUGAUGAUGUGAAGUCAAAUAACCUCGCCAAACAACCCACAUUAUAUAACGAUGAAGCUAAUGGGCAGUCUGAAGAAUGUUGUUCAAGGAAUGGCAUUUGUUCCCAUGAGGUUCUUAGGGAUGGGAAACCCGAUUCUGAUACCAAGAUGGUCAGAAAGGCUUCUUUUAAACUUCAAUGGUACUGCAAAGGUGAGAAAAGUGAUCAGCACAAACAUGACAUUGUCUCUUUUGAAAGAGGAAAUAUAACCACAGCAGAGCGCAGUAGUAAGCAGAUCUCUUUGAAAUGGGAGUCAUGCCCACAGACGGUGCUCAUAUUGACCAAACCAAAUUCAGUUUCAGUUCAAAUUCUGUGUGCUGAAAUGAUUAGAUGGUUGAGACAGCAUAAGAAACUUCAGAUAUAUGUGGAACCACGUGUGAAGGUGGAUCUUUUGUCGGAGUCAUCAUACUUUAAUUUCAUAGACACAUGGAGUGAUGAUAAGGAAAUUUUGAAGCUGCACACUAAAGUUGACCUUGUGAUAACUCUUGGUGGAGAUGGGACUGUCCUAUGGGCAGCAUCUAUGUUCAAAGGGCCGGUGCCUCCUAUUGUCCCCUUUUCUCUAGGGUCUCUUGGAUUUAUGACUCCUUUCUAUAGUGAAAAUUACAAAGAAUGCCUUGAAUCUGUUUUAAAGGGCCCCAUUAGUAUUACAUUACGACAUCGUUUGCUAUGUCAUGUUGUACGAGAUGCAGCUAAAAAUGAAUUUGAAACUGAAGAACCUAUACUUGUUCUAAAUGAGGUUACUAUUGAUCGUGGUAUAUCAUCUUACCUCACUAAUUUGGAAUGUUACUGUGACAACUCCUUUGUCACAUGUGUGCAAGGGGAUGGAUUAAUCUUAUCUACAACAUCGGGCAGUACUGCAUAUUCUUUGGCAGCUGGAGGAUCAAUGGUCCAUCCUCAGGUUCCAGGCAUUUUGUUUACACCAAUUUGCCCACAUUCCCUAUCUUUUAGGCCAUUGAUAUUACCGGAGCAUGUGACUUUAAGGGUACAAGUACCAUUCAAUAGCAGAAGCCCUGCAUGGGCAUCAUUUGAUGGCAAAGACAGGAAGCAGUUAGCACCAGGAGAUGCAUUGGUCUGCAGCAUGGCACCCUGGCCUGUUCCUACAGCUUGUCUGGUUGAUUCUACUAACGACUUCUUGCGUAGUAUUCACGAGGGUCUUCAUUGGAAUUUGAGAAAGACACAGUCAUCUGAUGGUCCUCGAGAAUCUUUCCCGUGACAAUCUCAUUGUCUUUCUUUUUUAUUGGCAAAACUAUACUUGGAAAUUGACGUGUCAUUUGUCAAGAUAUACAAAUCGGGGUGUUGUAGAAACUAUAGAAGCAACUAUAAACUGGGUGUACUUGUCUUCAUUGUAUGAUUAGCUACUUCACUUGUAGUAGUAAUAAUAACUUGUUAGUUAUUACAUAGCUAAUUUCCUUCGAUGAUGACGAAGUUGUAGAGAUUGAGUCGUGAUAUAUCAUGUUACUGUUGUUGACAAGAGAAUUGUAACUUAAAACUGUUGAAUCCAUUGAUUCACAUUUAAAAUAAACUUAAAUGAGUAUUUUCUUUAUCUCUA